AAUACAGGAGAGAGAGAGAGGAGGAGAAGGACACGACACGGCUGCUGCCUGCAGAAAGAGGUAGAGCUGCCUGCAACAGCAACAUCCAACCUCUGGAUUAUCAGCAGAGGAUUUUUCUUUGUGCCGUUUUGAUCAAACGCUGUAAAAAAAACAAAGUAUCCUGCAAUUUUGUGGCAUUCGAGAAGUGUCAGUGUGGUGAGUGAUUUGGGAAAAGGGAGGUGUGAUUUAAAGGGAUUAGCACCGAUUAAAGUAUGGUAGUGGUUACUCUACACCUGCAGCAGGAGUGGGAGGAAUGGAAGAAAAGUAUGGAGAAGAAAAGGAGGAGGACAUUGAGUGAGAGGCUGAGUCGUUGGACAAAUCUGGAGGAGCAGGAGGAGGAGGACGAUGGUGAGGAAACGGAGGAGGACAGUGAGGAAGAGGAGGAAAAUGAAGCAUGUUGGACAGGGAAGGGAGAAGAAGGGAGUGAGAAGGAGGGAGAAGGAGAGAAGAAGGUAAAGCUAACGGUGCUGGUGAAUGAUGAAAAAGUCACAGAAGAAGAGGAGGAAGAGAAAGAAAAUGAGGGAGAGACGGAGUUUGAGGAGGACAAGCAGGUGGAUGUAGAGGAGGAGAGGGAGGUGACAGAAGAAAUGGAGGGAGGAAAGAAGGGGGAGGUGGAGGAGGUGACAAUCGCAGAGCAACAGGAGAAAGUAGGGGAAUGUGAGGAAGUGAGUGAAGAGGUAAAUCUGGGGAUGAUGAUGGAGCCGGAAGAAAUAGAGGAAGAAAUUAAAGAGAAGAGGGAACAAAAUGGGGAGACAGAGGCAGAGGAACAGGAAGUGGGAGGGGAAGGGAGUGAUAAUGGAGAAGACAGGGAGGACAAAGGGAGGAGGGAGGUGAAAGAGGAGGAGGAAAAAGAAGUGACGCAAGCAGAAAUAGUUGGAAUAGGGAAUGGGAGGGAGGCCGAGGAGAUGAUAAGGAGGGAAGGAGGGCUGAUAGAAGCAGAGCUAUGGGAGGAAGAGGGAGAAGUGGAGGAAGCGAUUGAGCCUGUGGUGAAUAAGGAGGUGGAGGAAGAUGGUAAAGAAAAGGAGGAAGAGCAGGUACAAGAGGAAGAAGACGGCAGUAGAAUUGAAAAAGAGCGUCUUCAGCAAAAUCAAGAAUGUGCCGCUCAAACCUUAAAAGACGAAGAAAACUUCUCAGAUUCAUCUGAAUCUGAUGAAGAUUCUCGGCGGUUGGGAUCGGAGGAUGAAGGUUAUAAUUCUGAAAAAUUGAACAACGGAAAAAGAGACGUAGAGAAGCAACGCAAGGAUCCCGAGGAAGUGGAAGAACCAAAGAGGAAUGACAGUAGAGUCCUUGGAGUGUGGACUGAAGAGGAGGAUCAGAACAAGAAGCUGACUAAUGAGGAAGACUCAUUCACAGGAUCCAGAGGAGGGUUUGAGGAGGAACAAGAUCUUCUGGAGGAACAAGAUAACUCAUCAGAUGAAGAGGAAGCAGAUCAUAUAUCACACAAAGACAUGGAUUGUAAGGAUGAAGAUGAGGGGAAGGUUUACUGCAGAGACGAUUAUUCCACUGAUUUAUUUCUCACUUUGACAGAGUUCAGGGACUCUUCCCUUCUCACCGACCUACAUUUGAGCACAGAGGCCGGGCAGAGUUUCCAGGUACACUCCCCUGUCCUGGCUGCUGUCAGCUCCCUUGUCCGGGAAAGCCUGAGCAGAAGAAAUACAGAAAACAAUAAAAGAGAAGAUGAUACAAGGUGGUCAAUUUCCCUGGGUCCAGAAGUGGAUGCUGUUGGAUUAGAGGCAGUUGUGGAGUUUGCCUAUUCUGGAUUUAUGUCCCGUCUGAACAAGGACACGGUGAAUCGGAUAAAGGGCGCAGCUCAAACACUCUGCGUCCCUCGAGUGAUGCAUCUCUGCAACAAGGAAGAGUCACCGAAAACUGGAGGAAUUAAGAAAGAAGAAAAGAUCUCUGCUGCGGAGGAAAGGAAGAUCAGUCUUCAGUCCAUCAAGCAGCUGUGGAUGGACAGGGUGGGCUGUGAUGUCACGUUGGAAGGUAUUGGAGCAUCGCUUCCGGUCCACAGAGUCAUCCUGGCUGCAGGAAGCGACUACUUCCAUGGCAUGUUUACCUCGGGGAUGAGGGAGUCCCAUCAGCCUCGGGUGGCUCUCCCCUCCCUGUUGGCGUCUGAGAUGGAGCUUCUGGUUGGCUGCUCAUACAGCGGCGCUCUGCCCCUCAGCUGGAGCUUUGUCUUUGAGAUUACCAGCACCACCCUCCAGCUCCAAUAUCAGCCAGCCCUCUCCUUGUGUCUCGACUUCCUGCAGGGAGAAAUCAAUCCCCUCUCCUGCCUGGACGUGGCAUCUUUUGCUGUGGCUUACGAGAUGGUGCAGCUGCUCGAAAGUGCGGACGACUUUGUUCUGCGACAAUUCCAAAAGGUAGCUUGCACCUUAAAGUUCAAGGAUCUCCCAGCCAAACAACUCCUCAAGUACUUGAGCAGUCACUCACUCUGCGUUCCAUCUGAGCUCUUUGUAUUCAAAGCAGUGGUAGCAUGGAUUCAAGCUAAGCCCAAGAAAAGGCUCAAACUUGCUAAGGUGUUAAUGAAAACUAUCCAUUUCCCCCUGAUGACAUUCAAGGAAUUCAAUGAGGUCCAGUCUUUGGAUAUUUGGACUCAUCACAGCCUGGUCGAGCUCUACGAAGCAAUCUUUGAGGAAUUCUGCUCCAAUGAGGUUACACCAGAGAGUCAGUGCCGCAUCUAUCUGCCAAAAGAGAGUCUGGUCUUGAUUGGGGGUGAACAGACCUCUGAAGACCUAUCUACCCGCAGCAUCAGCAGAGAACUCUGGUUUGGAAAUUCCCUGAGGAGCCACACAGGGAUAAAAAAGGCCAUGGAGUGGAGACGGCUGGGAGAAUUACCAGAGUCGGCGAGGUUCAGUCACGAGGUGGCGGUGCUCACAGGACAACUAUACGUGUUCGGGGGCAAAAAGUAUUAUGGCACUGAUGACACCCUGACUUCUGUUUACAGGUAUGACCCCCAUCAGAACAGCUGGGAGAGACUGGCUGACAUGCAGCAGAACAGAUGCCUCUUCUCUGUGGUUGUGCUGGAGGGGAAGAUGUUCUCCAUCGGUGGACACUGUGACCCGGAAUAUAUAGAAAGUGUGGAACGAUACUGCCCCACUUCAAACUCUUGGAGCUUCACUUGGCCAUUGGAUCUUCCUCUGAGCGGUCAUGUGGCAAAAGUUGUACAAGGGCAGAUCCUGGUGUCAGGAGGGAUGAACAGCGACUACAGGUGUCUUUCCUCCAUAUUUCGGUACCACCCAGAGACAGGAAGCACCUAUCUGGCGAACAUGAAUAAACCUCGGGCUAAACACUGCAUGGAGUCGUUGGGCGACCGCCUCUACGUCGCAGGAGGAACCACCGCAGGUGCGCCCGUGAACGUUGUGGACAUGCUUGACUGUGAAGUCUACAACCCGGAGACUGACUCCUGGACCGCGAUCACAUCUCUGCCGGUGCCGCAUGUCGGAGCAGGAAGUGCAGUUUUGGAGGGAAAGUUUUACGUGCUGGGUGGAUACAGCCACGAGGAAUACAGCGACACAAAUAUGGUUCAUCGUUAUGACCCCACAACGCAGAGGUGGGAAAACAUGGGCAAGAUGCCCGGGCCCAACAAUGACAUACGAGCGUCUCUGCUGGUUUUGCCACCAGAUUUACGUUUGUAAGACAUGGUGAG